GUUCAGAUGACUUAAGCAGCAGCUCCUGACAGCUGAGAGUUCGAUCAUGAUGGUUUCUGAUAGUUUUUACUGUACGCUGUGGAUGCUAUCGCUUUUUGGCCAGUAUUUAGGGGAAGACCUGCAGUUUUCUGGUCCGGUUUAUGGAGCAGUAGGAGGAAGUGUGGUGUUUGCUCCUGAUAACCCGCCCUCCACAUCAAUUGAUAUAGUUCAGUGGAAUUUUGGAUCAACUGUAAUAUUGACAGGAUCGCCUGAUUCACCUACAAUAGACCCAGCAUACAGAGACAGAGUCAGUUUUGAUAUAAACACUAUCGCUCUGGAGCUCUGGAACCUAAUACUGGGUGAUUCUGGGAUAUACAGACUUACUGUAAUAACUAGUGCUGGAGACUCACUUACAGGAGAAACUUCACUACAACUGUUUGAAAAUAUAACUAAUGUUAGAGUUAUUGGUCCAGAAGGAUCAUUAAUAGAAGGAGAAUCAUCUGCUAACUUCAGCUCUGAGGGAACUGGCAUCAUCACCUCUGUGCAGUGGAUGAAAGAUAACAGUCCUCUGUCUCCUAGCAACAACAUCAUCUUCUCAUCUGAUCACAGAUCAGUGUCCAUCAGUCCAGUCCAGAGAUCAGACAGUGGAGAAUAUCAAUGUACAUAUACAAACCCUGCUAGCUCUCAGACGGCAAAACCUGUGCGUCUGAUCAUCAACUAUGGACCAGAAGAUGUUUCUGUUAAGGGUGAGGAUGUGGUGGAUUUAGGGGUUCGUGUGUCUCUCUCUUGUUCUGCAAAUUCUGAACCUGCUGCUUCAUUCAGCUGGAAGUUUAAUGAAACAGACACCAAUGUGACCACAGACACAUUCACCAUAAAUGAGACUGACUUCACACACAGUGGAGAUUACAUCUGCACAGCCUCCAAUAAUGUCACAAAGAGAAACGCCUCACACAAACAUGCUUUACUAGUUAAAGAAAGAGGAGGAGGGCUGUCAUCAGGGGCGAUAGCUGGGAUUGUCAUUGGGGUUUUAGUGGCAGUUGUAGGCAUUUGUGGUCUGACUGUCUAUUUAACAAAAACAAAGAAAAUCCCAAAGUUAAACCAACAACAAAAAGGACAAGCAAGUGAAGCAGCACAAAGCAGACAGGAGACAAAGGCUAGAGGAGAUGGAGUGAUUCCAGGGAAGAUGAGUGAACAUAUAUAUGAGAAUGACAAACAUGAAAAUGAGUAUGAGAAUGAUAUGUAUGAAAAUGUAAAGCUUGAUUAUUCAAGAAGGCCAAGGGCUCCUACUCCUCCUCAGGUCUCAAACCCUCCUCCUGUGCGCAGGUGAAGAAGUGAAGACACUGAAACACAUCUACUGCAAGAUGAUCGAUCAGACUGUAUCAUUUUUUUCUGUUCUUUUUUUUUAACAAUUUAAAGAUAAAAAAUGUAUAUGGCAUAUUAAUGAAAUAUCAUAAACUGUUGCAUCAACUGUUUGUUCUGUGUGCUCCACUAAUGCAGUUUAAUUAUAAACUUGUUCCUCACAAUGGACAAAUAUAUUUUUCCUGACAUAGUUCCUUAAAAAGUCACAAAUACAGAAGUAUAUUUCUGUAACAGUAAAAGAUUAGGGUCAAAGCCAUAACCGUAUAAAAGGCCAUAUAUUAAA